AUGCCGGCAACUCUCCGCGAGCAGCGGCAGCGCUGCCGCUGCUCGCGGAGAGGUCCGCGAAGCCUGGGCGCGCUGAUCUCAGCGCGCGCAGGCUUCGGCAUGCCGGCAACUCUCCGCGAGCAGCGGCAGCGCUGCCGCUGCUCGCGGAGAGGUCCGCGGAGCCUGGGCGCGCUGAUCUCAGCGCGCGCAGGCUUCGGCAUGCCGGCAACUCUCCGCGAGCAGCGGCAGCGCUGCCGCUGCUCGCGGAGAGGUCCGCGGAGCCUGGGCGCGCUGAUCUCAGCGCGCCCAGGCUUCGGCAUGCCGGCAACUCUCCGCGAGCAGCGGCAGCGCUGCCGCUGCUCGCGGAGAGGUCCGCGGAGCCUGGGCGCGCUGAUCUCAGCGCGCGCAGGCUUCGGCAUGCCGGCAACUCUCCGCGAGCAGCGGCAGCGCUGCCGCUGCUCGCGGAGAGGUCCGCGAAGCCUGGGCGCGCUGAUCUCAGCGCGCCCAGGCUUCGGCAUGCCGGCAACUCUCCGCGAGCAGCGGCAGCGCUGCCGCUGCUCGCGGAGAGGUCCGCGAGCCUGGGCGCGCUGA